AUGGCAGAGAAUGAUUACGUUGUCGUCUUCAAGGACACCGCCACAAACGACCAAAUCGAUAAAUAUGCCAAUCGUGUCACUAAUGCCGGAGGUUCAAUCCACUCUAUAUAUUACAGAAAUGAUAAUCCCAUUAUUUAUGGAUUUAUCGCUGGAAUUCCCCACCAUAUUUAUUCUUCGUUUCAAGACGACGAUCUCAUUGAGUAUGUCGAGGAUGUCGAGGCUAAGGAGCCACUUUAG